AUGGGACUUGAUUUGAUCAUCUCCCUCUUCUCUGAUGGUUUCCCUCCGGGCCACUUCUCCAUUUUUGUUUGGUGUUUUAUUUCACAAAAUUCCCUUCUUUUUGUUGUUGUUGCUGUUGUUGUUGUUGUUCUUCUUCUUCUUCUUCUUCUUCUUCUUCUUCUUCUUCGUGUUGUUUACUCCUAUCAUAAUUUUCUUUCAUUUACUCUUUCUUCUUUAACUGCUUCAAAUGAUUCUUUUUUGGCUUUAGCACCUCUUUUUGCUACAAUUUCAUUCUUCUUCAAAUUCUACUCUUCUUCGAUUUCUCUCUCCCCACCCACCUCUCUCCUCUUAGACAUCUUUAAAUAUUACUUUUUAUUCUAUUCUUUUUCAUUCUUUCUCUUUUUCUUUCAUUUCCUCAGAUUCUAUUCUUUUUCAUUCUUUCUCGUUUUCUUUCAUUUCUUCAGAUACUACUUUUUCAUUCUUUCUCUUUUUCUUUCAUUUCCUAAGAUUCUAUUCUUUUUCAUUCUUUCUCUUUUUCUUUCAUUUCUUCAGAUUCUAUUCUUUUUCAUUCUUUCUCUUUUUCUUUCAUUUCUUCAGAUUCUAUUCUUUUUCAUUUUUUCUCUUUUUCUUUCAUUUCUUCAGAUUCUAUUCUUUUUCAUUCUUUCUCUUUUUCUUUCAUUUCUUCAGAUUCUAUUCUUUUUCAUUCUUUUUCUUUUUCUUUCAUUUCCAGAGAUUCUACACUUUUCAAUUCUUUCUCUUUUUCUUUCAUUUCCUCAGAUUCUAUUCUUUUUCAUUCUUUCUCUUUUUUUCUUUCUUCAUUUCUUUUUCAUUCUUUUCUUUCAUUUCUUUUUCUAUUCUUUUUCAUUCUUUCUUUUUUUUCAUUUCUUCAGAUUCUAUUCUUUUUUCAUUCUUUCUUUUUUUUCUUUCAUUUCUUCAGAUUCUAUUCUUUUUUCAUUCUUUCUUUUUUUUUUUCAUUUCCUCAGAUUCUAUUCUUUUCAUUCUUUUCUUUUCUUUUUUCUUUUCUAUUCUUUUCAUUCUUUCUUUUUUUUUUUUCAUUUCUUCAGAUUCUAUUCUUUUUUCAUUUCUUUCUAUUCUUUUUUUCUCUUUUCUUUCAUUUCUUCAGAUACUACUUUUUUCAUUCUUUCUUUUUUUCUUUCAUUUCUUCAGAUUCUAUUCUUUUUCAUUCUUUCUCUUUUUCUUUCAUUUCUUCAGAUUCUAUUCUUUUUCAUUCUUUCUCUUUUUCUUUCAUUUCUUCAGAUUCUAUUCUUUUUCAUUCUUUCUUUUUUUCUUUCAUUUCCUCAGAUUCUAUUCUUUUUCAUUCUUUCUCUUUUUCUUUCAUUUCUUCAGAUACUUUUUCAUUCUUUUCAUUUUCUUUCAUUUCUUUUAUUCUUUUUCAUUUUUUCUUUUUCUUUCAUUUCUUCAGAUUCUAUUCUUUUCAUUCUUUUCAUUUCUUCAGAUUCUAUUUUUUUCAUUUUUCUUUUUUCUUUCAUUUCUUCAGAUACUCUUUUUCAUUCUUUUCAUUUCCUUUCUAUUCUUUUCAUUCUUUCAUUUCUUCAGAUUCUAUUCUUUUUCAUUCUUUCUCUUUUUUUCAUUUCUUCAAAUUCUACGCUUUUUCAUUCUUUUUAUUUUUCUUUCAUUUCUUCAGAUUCUACUUUUUCAUUCCUCUCUCUUUUUCUUUCAUUUUUCAGAUUCUAUUCUUUUUCAUUUUUCUCUUUUUCUUUCGUUUCUUCAGAUUCUAUUCUUUUUCAUUCAUUUCUUCAGAUUCUAUUUUUUUCAUUCUUUCUAUUUUUCUUUCAUUUCUUCAGAUUCUAUUUUUUUCUUUUUUUCUUUCAUUUCUUCAUUCUUUUUGUCAUUUUUUUUCUUUCAUUUUUCUUCUAUUCUUUUUCAUUUUUUUUCUUUUUUUCUUUCAUUUCUUCAGAUUCUAUUCUUUUUCAUUCUUUCUCUUUUUCUUUCAUUUCUUCAGAUUCUAUUCUUUUCAUUUUUCAUUUCUUCAGAUUCUAUUCUUUUUCAUUCUUUCUCGUUUUCUUUCAUUUCUUCAGAUUCUAUUCUUUUUCAUUCUUUCUUUUUUUCCUUUCAUUUCUUCAGAUUCUACUCUUUUUCAUUUUUUCUCUUUUUCUUUCAUUUCUUCAGAUUCUACUUUUUUUUCUUUUUUCUUUCAUUUUUCAGAUUCUAUUCUUUUUUUUCAUUUUUUUUCUUUUUCUUUCAUUUCUUCAGAUUCUUUCUUUUCAUUCAUUCAGAUUCUAUUCUUUUUCAUUCUUUUUUUUUCUUUCAUUUCUUCAGAUUCUAUUCUUUUUCAUUCUUUCUCUUUUUCUUUCAGAUUCUAUUCUUUUUCAUUCUUUCUCUUUUUCUUUCAUUUCUUCAGAUUCUAUUCUUUUUCAUUCUUUCUCUUUUUCUUUCAUUUCUUCAGAUACUACUUUUUCAUUCUUUCUCUUUUUCUUUCAUUUCUUCAGAUUCUAUUCUUUUUCAUUCUUUCUCUUUUUCUUUCAUUUCUUCAGAUUCUAUUCUUUUUCAUUCUUUCUUUUUUCUUUCAUUUCUUCAGAUUCUAUUCUUUUUCAUUCUUUCUUUUUUUCUCUCAUUUCUUCAGAUUCUACUUUUUCAUUUUUUCUCUUUUUCUUUCAUUUCUUCAGAUUCUAUUCUUUUUCAUUCUUUCUUUUUUCUUUCAUUUCUUCAGAUUCUAUUCUUUUUCUUUCUUUUUUUUAUAUCUCUUUCACUUCUUUAAUUUCUUUAGAUUCUACACUUUUCCUUCGUUCUCUUUUCCUUUCAUUUCUUCACACUCUACUCUCUUUCUCUUUAAUUUCUUUAGAUUCUACUAAUUUUAUUUUUUUCUCUAUUUCUUUCAUUUCUUCAGAUUCUACUCAUCUUCCUUCUUUCUCUUUUUCUUUCUUUCUCUAUUUCUUCUUCUUUUUCUCCAAAUCUUUUUGCAAUCAAAGCAAUCGUCAGUGUCACUCUCCCUAUCAAUUCACUGACACAACCUCUUAUUUUUGCGGUAAUUGUUUUUCUUUUCUUGUUUUUUUUUUCUUGUUUUCUUCUUAUCCUUUUUUUUUCUUCUUUCGUCUCCUUAUCUUCUUCCUUUUAUUUCUUUUCGCCCUUUUCCUCUUCUUUUACUUCGUUUGUUCUUUUGAUUGUUUCGUUUAUACGUCUAAAUCUUCCAUAAUAUUUUUUUUUCUCGUUUUGUUCGUUUUCUUUUAUCCUUUUUUCUCCGUUUUUUUUUUCUUCUUUAUCUUUUCCACUCUGUCUUUUAUAACCUCUACUUUCUUCUUCUUCUUCUUCUUCUUCAUUUUUCUUUUGUCGUCUUUUUUUCUUCUUGUUCUUUUCCUCUCUGUCUUCUGCUUUUAUACAUUUUUCUUUUUUUCUUUUUUAUUAUUUUGUCACAACUGUUUUCUUCUUUUUCUUCUUUUCUUUUCUUUGUUUUUCAUUUUUUCUUUUGUCUUUUUACGACUUGUUCUUUUCUGCUUCGUCUUCUUUUUCUUAUUUUAUUUUAUAUCUUUCUACCAUUUCUUCAAACUUGAUAUGGUUUUUAAACAAAACUCUAUCUAUCUAUCUAUCUAUCUAUCUAUCUAUCUAUCUAUCUAUCUAUCUAUCUCAUGUUCUAUGAUUAAUUCAAGCUUGGAGAGUAAUUAUACAGAGAUACCGCGGUCGAAUCCUAAAUUUUUUCUUUUGAAAUACUAG